AUGCUGUGUUGCAGAUUAAACCGCAGCACCAGGAAAUUCCUGGUGAUUCUGCAGGGGGCAGUUUUGGUGCUCCUUUUUGGCUGGCACAUGGAGCUGGGUCCCAUCCACUCUACGCCCUCUGAUAGCAAAGUUCAUGUCCUGCUGCUGACAUCGUGGCGAUCAGGCUCAACAUUCAUGGGUGAGAUAUUCAGUAGGAACCCGUCUGUGUUCUACCUUAUGGAGCCUGCAUGGCACGUGUGGAGGUCUAUGGAAAAAGCAAGUACACAGCAGCUCCAGGCAGCUGUGAGGGAUCUCCUUCAGAGCACGUUCAAGUGUAACCUCUCUGUUAUGGAAACCUACCUACCCAAGCACCCCAAGGUGUCCUCUUUGUUUAGAUGGGCAGACAGUCGAGCCCUGUGCUCACCUCCAGCCUGUCCUCUAAUGCCACACAACCGGUCCAGAAAUGUGGCUCUGUGUAAGAAGUUAUGUAAAACUCAGGACCUGCAGCAUGGACAGGAAGCCUGCAGCGCUCACAGACAUGUUGUAAUAAAAGUAGUGAGAGUUUUUGAGCUGGAAUCCCUCAACCCACUCCUGCUGGAUCCAAGCCUGGACCUUCGCAUCAUCCACCUGGUCCGAGACCCCCGUGCUGUUUUUCUGUCUAGAGAGGGGGUAUGGAAAGCUCUCAGGAAAGAUAAUGCUAUCAUGCUAAAGCACAGAAACGUAUCAGCAGCUGAAGUGCACAAUCAAGUCAUGAAGGAGGUCUGUCACAGCCAUGUGCACAUCAAUGAGAGAGCUGUCCUGAAUCCUCCUCAUUUUCUGAAAGGCUGCUACAAAAGGGUCCGCUAUGAAGACAUCAUCCACAACCCACUAGAGGAGAUCAAUGCCAUUCAUGAGUUUGUAGGUCUGGAGCUGACCACAGAGCUGGAGGAGUGGAUCUAUCGUGUAACCCACGGGAAAAACAGAGGCAGAGGGGGCUUCAGGGUCACAUCCAGAAAUGCUACUGAUGUCUCCCAGGCUUGGCGGAAGGCAAUGUCACAUGACAAAGUCAAACAAAUCCAGGAAGUGUGUGAAGAGGCCAUGACACUGCUCGGGUACAGGACAGUUAACAGUGAAGAAGAACAGAAGAACCUGGGCAUAGAGCUUGUUGUGUAA